AUGGCGGAUUAUACAGACUUCAAAUUUCCAACAACAAAUACAACAGAUGCUAAUGCCCAUCUUUCUUCUUCUUCAAAUCAACACUUCCCAUCACAAAACGUAGAUUUGCCUUCACUAACAGUGGAUAAAUGCACCGCAAACUGGACAUCACACACUCUUCACACUCUUCAGAUAGAGCCAGUCACAACUGAAGUUUACACUCCAAUGCAAUUGCUUUUAUUUACUUUCAGUAAUACUAUAGAUAAUUCUGCAUCCAAAGAAACAAUUGACAUGUGUAAAAAUUUGAUUAUUAACUCAAGAUGCCCACUCAAUAAAUUAGACAUUGAUGAAUUGGAAAAUUCAGAUACUUUUGAGUGUUUUAGAUUGCUGAUGGAUAAAACUUUAAAUGGACAGUGGUCGCAUAAAGUUGAUUUGUGGAAUAUUUCACCAAACACAUAUGCAGAUAAGCUAGACAAAGUCCAAACAAGAAUUUGCAAAAAAUUUCAAGUACAUGGAGAGUUAUUUGCACAACAGCUAAUAUUAAUGAACAUGGCAAAAAAUAAAACAUCACUCACAAAAUCAAUGUAUGGAAAGCUGUUUGAACAUUUUGCUGGUUUAUUUGGGUUGACAUGCAUAAAUGGUCCUAGUCCCUGUGGAGUACAAAUUGGUGAUAAUGUUGUAACAUCAAGCCAAGAUAUUAUUUUCCCAGAUCUUGUCAACUCAGAUGAGACCAGUGAGGACAUGAAUGUUAUUGCAGUGUGUCAGGUAACUGAUGAAUUUCAAGCUGUACAUGUUAGUAAUGAUGUUGCAAAACCUGUAAAUUGUGGAUGUAAAAAGAAGAAGUCAGAAAUACUUGUAAAACAUUUAAAUGACAAUCUGAUUAGUCAACAUGGGGGAGACUUAUUAGUACAUAAACCUCUAUCAAAGUACAAUGGAAUUCUGGGAAUUAUUGUUCAGAAAACAUUUGUUACUUUUGUACAUUUUCGUUGUGAUCAAGUGCAGUUUGAAAGAAUACAAAGGAAAGAGGAUGAUUUUGCCAGUAAACCAGUAAUAUUCUUUAGCAGACCAUAUAAUUAUUUGAAACCUGAUGACAGAAAUGAACUUAUAGAACCAUUUUUGAGACUAGGUUUUCUUCAGUUUAGUCGGUAUCAUUAAGGUACACCCUAUAUAUUGUAUUUAGUGAUCACUUGAGAAAUGUUA